AUGGAUAGAAAAAAUGACGAAGUAGAUGUUAGGAAUGUGUAUAAUUGGGUUCUGAAUCGAUUAAGAUUUUCUUAUCAAGAAAAAUAUAAUAUAGAAGAUAUAAUUGAGCGAAAUGAUGAAGAAAAUAAAGAAGCUGUAGAAAAUUUUUUGAGUAAAGGAGAAGAUGAUGUUUUAUUGUUUAACAUCGAAGAUAAUAAAAUAGUUUUAAAAAAAGAAGAAAAUAUAAAGUUUGAUGAUAAAAUUGUUUAUUUUCAUAAAUAUAUGAAUGGAUAUAUUAAAGAUGAAAAUAACAUAUUAUAUGGAAUCUUAUCACCAAAUAUAUUAGACACCUUAAAAAUAAUGCUUUUAAAAGUUAUAUAUCCAUUAUUUUUUAAUAAUAAAAAUAUAUAUAAAAAUAUAUGUAUAGAUGAAAUAAAUAAAUUUUCAAUGGAUUUUGAUGUAUAUAUAAAAGAGCUAAAUGAAUUUAUUUUAAUAUUAGAAGAUAUUAAAAAGGUGAAGAAACAAAAAACUUAUGAGUAUGAAAUGAUUUGUGAAAAAAAUGGGGCAAACAUAUUUAAUAAAAAUGAGAAUGAUGAGAAAAAAGAAAAUUCAAAUAUUAAGGGGAAUAAUAAAAGUGGAAAUGAAAUAGAGAAUAAGAUUCAAAAAAAAAAGACAGAAACAACAUUACUAACAAAAUAUUUAAAUAUUAUAGAAUGCUUAUUUAAUGAUAUGCAACAUAAAAUAGAAGAAUAUAAAAAAUGUAAUUUUGAUGUAGGACCAUUUAUUGAGAUUCAAUAUUGGAGAUAUAAACAUAGAUAUUUAUUAUUUAUUAUAGAAGAAUUAAAAAGUAGUGAAAUAAAAAAUAUAAUAAAUAAUAUAAAUAUAAAUAAUUCUAAUAAUGAAGAACAGAAAUAUGCAUAUACUUUUGAUAUAUUAAAUAAAUGGAGAGAAUUAGAAAUAAAAAUAGAAAAUGAAUAUAAUGAAAGUAAGGAUAAUAUAAAAUAUUUAGAAAGUAUUGAACAAUUUAUAUUAUCUUUAUAUUUAUGUAAUGUUGAAAAUAUUAUUGAUAACAUUCCUUCACUUUUAAAUUCAAUUAAAAUGAUUUAUUUGGUUGCACGUUUUUAUAAUACCCCGAAUAAACUUAACAAUUUAUUUAUCAAAAUUACAAAUCAGCUUGUUUUAAAAUGUAAAAAUGAAAUAUUUUUUGCAAAAAAAAAAAAAAAAAAAUAUUUUAGAAAAUCAAAAAGAAAUGACAAAAAAAAUAAGAAUAAUUAUGAAUAUACAGACAAAUCUGAAAAAUAUAAUAGACAAAAAGAUAAUGAUAAUGAUAGCAGCAAUAAUAUUAGUGAGGAUAAUUAUUUGGAGGAAGAAGGAAAUAAUAUAAGGUCAUCAAAUUUUAAGAAAAAUAAAAAAGAAUAUGACUAUUAUGGCAAACAUAUGAAAAAUAAGAAUGUUGAAAUGAGUUUAGAUGGAAAUAAUGAUUCUGAUGAAGAAGUGGAAAAAAGUGAUUCGUCUUUUGAUUAUAAUUAUAGUGAAAAUGAUGAACAAACUGAUCGAGAAAAUAGUGAUAGCAUUGGAGAGAACAUGAGUGAAGAAAUAGACAAAAAUAACAAUAAAAAUAACAAUAAUAAAAAUUAUGUAGAAAAUAUAAUAAAUAUGAAUUUUAAAAUGGAUGAAAUGACAAAAGAUAAAGAGAAAUUAUGGGAAUUAGACCCUGAUGAACUAAUAGAAAAAUUUGAAUUAUGUUUUAAAUUACAAGAAAAAUAUAAAGAAGAAUUUGAUAAUAUAAAAACCUUUUUUGAAAAUAACUCUAAAAAUAAAUCUGUUAAUUUGGAUACACAAGUUAUAUUUUGUAAAAUGGAUUUAUUUUGUAGACGUUUAAAAAAGUUGGUAGAUUUAUUUUUGUGUAUAAAACAAUUUAAGGAAUUAAAAAAAGUGAAAUUUAAUACGAUUCAAAAUAUAACAACAUCAUUUAAUAGAUAUAUAAAAGAGUUUAAAUCUAAGCAUGCUGAUGAUAUGUUAAAUUAUACAGACAAUUAUUUUGAUAGAGAUUUCGUUGAAUUAAGAGUUUAUAUAUCAGAAUUAGAAAGUGAUUUACAAGAACGUAUAAUAAAUUUAUUAAAUGGAAGUUCAAAUAUUAUGUUUUCAUUUUUUAUUUUUUAUAAAUUUAAAAAGUGUUUUAUGAGAGAUUAUUUAAUAAAUUUUUUACACACAACAUAUGAUAUUUUACUUUCCCAAUUUUUAGAUAUUCUUAAUUCGAUUAAUAAUGAUUUGGAACAUUAUAAAAUAAAUUUAAAUUCAAAUAAAAAUAUUAAUUAUCUUAAAAAUAUUUUCUGGAUAAUUAGUAUUAAUUACAAAAUUAAUCAUAUAAUUAAAAUAUUUUUAGAUGAAAAUAAUUUGAUGCUUAACUCUUCAAAUCAAGUCUCUUCUUAUUUUGAGAUGGCAAAUUUGAAGAAUUGCAAUGCUUUAAAGGGUUUUGAAAAAUCAUUAUUAAAUAUUUCAAAAGAAGUUGGAAAUUCAAAUGGAAUCAUAAAUGAGGAAAUAGACAAACAGUGCUGUGUAGAUGAAAGAAAAGAGACAGUAGGAUGUCGAAAUAUUUUUUUCGAAAUAAAUGAACAAGUUUUAAAAUUAUUAGAAGAACAUGAAAAAAAAAAAAAAAAUGACAUAAAAAAAAAAAUGGUAUCUGAAGAAGAUGGAGAGAAAGAAUGUAAUGAAGAUAAAUUAGUAAAAAUUGAAGAAUCUGAAAAUAAAAAUAAAAAAAUAAAAAAUAAGAUUUUUAAAUCUUCUAGUGGGAAAGAGGUAUUAAAAUUAUAUAUAAAAAUUUAUAAAUUUAUUGAAGAAUAUAAAAAUAAAUUAUUUAAACAUUGGGUUUUGUUUACAAAAAGUGUGAAUAGCUUAAAUGUUACUAUAUUUGUUAAGCAUCCUAAAACUCAAAAUGUUACAGUAAAUUUUGAUAACAGAAUUAAAAAAAUAAUUAGAGAAGCGAAAAUUUUUAUGUCUUUUAAUUUUGAAAUACCAGAAGAUAUAAAAAGUAUGAUGUCACAAGAAUCUAGAAUCUAUACUUUAUAUUAUAAGUUUUAUAAUAUAUUAAUAAUUGUAAAAAAAAUGAAAAAUAAUAAAAAAAAAGAUAUAGAAUACACAUUAAAGCGAUUUUUUAUAUAUAUAGAUAAACUGAUAGUACCAUAUGCUGUGAAAUAUACAUGGAGUAAUUAUGCUGUUGAAGAUUCUGUUGAUAAUUUAACAAAAGAAAUAAAAUAUUUUGAUGAAAAUAUAAAUUCAUUAUAUUAUAUAAUAGAUGAUCAUAUUAAUUAUAAUAUAAAAUCGCUAUAUAAAAUAUUAGAACACAAAAACGAGAAAUUUAAUAUAAAUAGACAGAAAAAAAAAAUAUAUAAAAAAAUGAUUUUAUGUAAUUCUAUAUCAAAGAAAAUACAAAUAGCAAUAUUUGAUCUUUUAAAUAAUAUACAAUAUGUGUAUAAUAAUAAAUUAAAAAGUAAAAUUACAAAAGAAGAAAUAACAAAUACAAGAAAUUUUUAUUACAACAUAUUUUUAUCUACUCUUAAAAAAAUUUAUUUAAAAAAUAUUAGAAAAGUAAUUAAUAAAUGGUCUUCAUUUAAUAAAUUCGAAGAAAAAAAAAGUGAUAGCAAUGAUAGUGAUAAAACAACAAAUACUUAUGAAGAUAAUUUUAUAGAAAUUUUGUUGUUGAUUCAUGAAAAUAAAAUUAUUAUAAAUCCGUCUAUAAAUAAUAUAAAAGAUGGUAUUAAAAAAAUGAUUAACAUUUUAAUAAAUAAUUUAAUAUAUGUAGAUAACUGGAUUGGUAAUGAUGAUUUAAUAAGCAAGUUUGAAAAAGAUGAUGAGUUCGAAAAUAAAGAAAUUGAAAAAAAUAAUAGAAAAAGUAUAUUUGAUGAGCUUUUAGAUUCUUCUUCACUUUUGAAAAAAAAUAGGAAUGAAGAAGAUAAUGAAUUUAACAUCGAAAGUAAUAAUUGUGUGUCUAAUUUAGAAUAUUAUUUUGAUUUUUAUGAAAAAAUAAAAGAAGACAAAAAUGUUGAAAAGGAACUUAUAAUGUUAAAUGAGAAAUUAAGUGGAUUUCAAAAUGUAGUGGAUAAUUUUAUUAAAAAGUUUGAUAAGUAUAAAUAUAUAAUAAACAAAUUUGAGAUGGAAAGAUUAAAAAAUUUGGAAAAACAAAAAAAUAUGCCCCCCAAAAUAAAAUCAGUAAAUAGCAAUAAUUAUUCAGUGGGUGAAAUAAUAUAUGAUAAAAAUAAUGAUGAAGAUGUUAAAAAGGAGAAAAAAUCUAUAUGUAUAGAUAGCGAUUCUGAACAAGGAAAAGAUAAAGUUGUGGAAAAAGACAAUGAUAAAAAUGAGGAUGUAGAUAAUUGUAAUUAUAGUAGUGAUGAAGAAUCUAGUGAUAAUUAUGAUGAUGAAUAUGAUCUAUAUAUUUACAAAGAAGAAGAAAAGAUAAAAGAAUAUAUUGAUAUAAAAAAAGAAAUAAAUAAUAUAGAAAAUGUAUAUAUAUUAAACGUAUUUAAAUUUAAUUUAGAAAAAUUUAAAAUGUAUUUAUUAAGCAUUAUUGAAAAUGAAGCAUUAGAAUGUGCCAACAAAAUUAUUUAUCCUGUAAAAAGAAAAAGUGAUUGGUUAAUAAAAAAAAUGAAUGGAUAUAAAACAAAAUUGAAAAAGAAUAUUGUAGAUAUUGAUUCUCUUUAUUAUGUAAUUGAUGUAAUAAAAAAAAUUCAUGUAUUUGAAUCAAAUAUAGAUAUAGUAUUAAAUCCGAUAUAUGAAAUGUUAGACAUACUUGAAUUUUAUAUGAACAACUUUUUAAAAAAACAAAUUGAUAGAUUUAAAAAUUUUAAUCAUUAUGAUGGUGAAGCCAAUGAUAUUUGUGGUAAUAACUUCUAUGAUAAUAAUGGUUAUCAACAAAAUUUUGGAAUAAAUUUAGAUAAAAAAGAUGAAAAAGAAUUUUCUAACGAAUUAAAUGAAUCAUAUAAUAAAAAUUUUAUAAACACAUUUAACAAAUUAAAUGUAAUGAAAAAAAAAUUUAUAAGUCUAUAUAGAAUUGAGGUAGAAAAAAAGAAUGUAAUAAUGAGCCAAUUUAACGAAUUAAUAUAUUUAACAAAAAAAGUAGAAGAAGAAAUACAAGAAAAAAAAAGUACUAUGAAAAAUGAUUUAAUAAAUAAUAUAUAUAAUUUUAAACAUAGUAUGCAAUUAUUUAGAACCAAUUUUCUAAAAAUGAAUUUUAAAAGUAAACAUGCAAAUCCAUUGACUGUUUUUGAAAUUUUAAAAAGAUAUAAAGAAGAAAUUAACAUUUUAAAAAAAAAAUAUAAUAGUUAUUAUAAAGGAGAAUCUAUAUUUGGAUUAAAACAUCAAGAACAUUCAGAUUUAUUUUUAAGUAUAACCGAAGUUAAUAAUUUUUAUUCUCUUUAUGAUUUAUAUGUGCAACUCAAAGAAAAAUUAAAUGAAUGGAAAAAUCUAAAAUGGAAUGAUGGAAUAAUAAAAAUAAAAGAAUUAAAAGAAGAAAUUUUAGUAUUUGAAAAAAAAUGUUCACAAUUACCUAAAAAUUUAAAAUCUAUUGUAAUAUAUAAAAAUUUAGUUAAAGAAAUUAUGUAUUUUAAAGAAAUCGCACCAAUAAUUGAAGAGCUUGAAAAAAAGACAAUUUUGAAAAGACAUUGGAUUGAAAUAAUUAAUAUAUUAAAAGAGAAGAAAAAAAAAGAAAUAAAUAUUAAGGAGAAAAAAGUUAAAAAAAAUAUGUCUGAAACUCAUAAAGAGCCGGAUUUAGUAAAAGAUAAUGUAGAACACUUUAGAGAUGGCACUACAUUAAAAGAUGAGAAAAAUAAUGGCGACAAUAUUGGGGAUAAAACUGGGAAUAAUAAUGGCGAUAAUAAUGACGAUAAAACUGGGAAUAAUAAUGGCGAUAAUAUUGGGAAUAAUAUAAGUGGAAAAAAUCAAACUGAAUAUGGUGAAGAAAUGGAAACAGAAAUUCUGAACGAUACAGAAAAAAUAAAUAAAGAAAAUAAACCUAUAGAAAAUGAUAUAAUGUUAGAUGAUGGGUAUUUAGAUGAAGAUGAAUAUAUAAAUAAUUUAAAUAAUCUUGAUUUAGAUAAUAUGGACUUUUUAAUUAAAGAUUUAAUAAAUGAAUAUUUAUUAAAAAAAAAAGAUGAUAUAUUAGAUAUAUGUGAUAGUGCAGAAAAAGAAGCUAGCAUAGAAGAAAAAAUAAAUGAACAAUAUAAAAUAUGGAAUGAAACUUGUUUUCGUUUUAGUAAAUGGAAGAAUAGAGAUUAUGCAUGUAUAUUGGUAGGUAGUAAAGUUACUGAAAUUCAAGAAAGUUUAGAAGAAAGUCAAAUAUUAUUGAAUAAUAUAAAUUCUACAAAAUAUAGCAAACCAUUUAAAAAUAAGUUAUCAAUACUUUUAAAUAAGUUAUCUGAUUGUAGUGACAUAGUUGAGAGAUGGAUAAAAGUUCAAAUGUUAUGGUGUUCAAUGGAGAGUGUAUUUACAAGUGGUGAUAUAGCUAGACAGAUGCCAAUUGAAUCAAAAAGAUUUCAUCAAAUAGAUAAAGAUUGGAUUAAUAUUAUUAACAUUGCUAAUGAAUCAUCUAUUGUUGUAGAAUGUUGUCAAAGUAGUAUGUUAAAAGAGCUAUUACCUAAUAUGCAAAAGGGUUUAGAAAGUUGUCAAAAAUCUUUAGAAUCUUAUUUAGAAGGAAAACGAAGUAAAUUUCCUCGUUUUUAUUUUGUAUCUAAUUUAGUACUAUUAAAAAUUUUAUCACAAGGAUCCGACAUAAAUAUUAUUCAAUCAGAAUUAAUAAAAUUAUUUGAUGCAAUAAAUUAUUUAACUAUAAAAAAUAUUCAAAAUAAAAAAAGAAUUGUAUGUAUUAAUAAUAAAGAAAAAGAUGAUAUUGAAACGGUGGAAUUAGGUAACCAUGUAACGAUUGAUGGAAAUAUAGAAAAUUGGUUAAUACUUUUAGAAAAAGAAAUGCAAAAGGCUAUAAAAAGAGAAUGUAAAUUAGGAGUAACUAGUUCUGCUCAAUUAUUUAAAAGUAUGAAUUUAAAAGAGUUUUGUGAUAAAAAUAUUGCACAAGUUUCUUUAAUAUGUUUGCAAGUUAUGUGGACAAAUGAUAUUGAAAAGUGUAUACAUAAAUAUAACUCGGAAAAAAAUAUAUUAAAAGUUACUAAUAAAAAAAUAAAUUAUAUUAUGUCUGAGCUAGUAAAUAUAUGUCUUUCUGAUUUAGGAACAAAAUUUAAUAGAACAAAAUAUGAAACUCUUGUUACUAUACAUGUGCAUCAAAGAGAUUUAUUUAAUGAAAUAUCUGGAAAAAUAAAAGAACACAAAAUAAAAACAUGUACCGAUUUUGAUUGGUUAAAACAAACCAGAAUAUAUUAUAAACCAGAAAAAAAUAUUAUUUUAAUAAGUAUAUCAGAUGUCGAUUUUAUAUAUUCUUAUGAAUAUUUAGGUAUAAAAGAAAGAUUAUGUAUUACCCCUUUAACAGAUAGAUGUUAUUUAACAUGUGCUCAAGCAUUAGGGCUAUGUUAUGGUGGAGCCCCAGCAGGACCAGCUGGAACUGGUAAAACUGAAACAGUAAAAGAUUUAGGAAGAACAUUAGGUAUAUAUGUAAUAGUAACAAAUUGUUCUAAUCAACACAAACAUAAAGAUAUGGCAAAAAUAUUUAAAGGUUUAUGUAGAAGUGGGUUAUGGGGAUGUUUUGAUGAAUUUAAUAGAAUAAACUUAGAUGUAUUAUCUGUUGUUGCUAUGCAAAUAGAAUCUAUUGUUACAGCAAAAAAACAAUCUUUAAAACAUUUUCUUUUUCCUGGUGAUUCAAAAUCAAUUAAUUUAAAUCCAUCAUCUGCUUAUUUUAUUACAAUGAAUCCUGGAUAUGCUGGUAGACAAUUACUACCAGAAAAUUUGAAAAUAUUUUUUCGAUUUAUUUCUAUGAUGGUUCCAGAUAGGCAAAUUAUAAUAAAAGUAAAAUUAGCAUCUGUUGGAUAUUUAGAUAUAGAUAAUUUGAGUAACAAAUUUAAAUCAUUAUAUAAUUUAUGUGAAGAACAAUUGUCAAAACAAAAACAUUAUGAUUUUGGACUUCGAAAUAUAUUAUCAGUUUUACGAACUGCUGGAGAUACAAAAAGAACAGAAGCGGGAAAUGAUAUUGAUGAAGAAAUACUUUUAAUGCGUACUUUAAGAGAUAUGAAUUUAUCUAAAUUAGUUCAUGAUGAUGUUUUAUUAUUUUUAUCAUUAUUAAAUGAUGUUUUUCCUAAAUUCCAUAAUAUUACAAAAAAAAAUUAUCAACUAAUAGAAGAAAAUGUAUUGAAAAUUAUUAAGAAUAAAAAGUUAUGUGCAAAAAAAAAAUGGAUUUUAAAAAUAUUGCAAUUAUAUGAAACAUCUUUAGUUAGACAUGGGUUUAUGUUAGUAGGAAAUACUUUAACUGGUAAAACAGAAAUAUUAAAUAUUUUGACAUCUGCAUUAUCAAAUGUAGAUAUUCUUACUAAAAUAAUUACACUAAACCCUAAAUCAAUAACAUCUGAGCAUAUGUAUGGGGUUAAAGAUAAUUUAAGUGAAGAAUGGACUCCUGGUAUUUUUGCUAAUAUAUGGGAAAAAUACAAUAACAGCAAUUUAAAAUAUAAUACAUGGAUAGUAUGUGAUGGACCAGUUGAUGCAAUUUGGAUAGAAAAUUUAAAUACAGUUUUAGAUGAUAACAAGAUAUUGACUUUAGCUAAUAAUGAUAGAAUUCCUAUGACAGAUAAUACGAAAAUAGCUUUUGAAGUAGAGAAUUUAAAUAAUGCUUCUCCAGCUACUGUAAGUAGAACAGGUAUAGUUUAUAUUUCUGACAAUGAUUUAGGAUAUAAACCUUUUAUUUAUAGUUGGUUAAGCAAAAUAAAAGAUAUAAAUGUUUAUGGUAAUACUUUAUUUACGAUUUUUAAUAAAUUAUUUGUUUUUUAUUUGGAUAAAAUUAAAAUUCUUCAAUUUUUAAGAGAAAAUUGUAAAUUUGUUAUGGAAGUAUCAGAUUCAAUUUUAGUUUCUCAAAUGAUCAAUUUGUUAAAUUCUUUAUUAGUUCAGUAUAUAAAUGCAAUAAACAAUUUUAUGUAUAACGAAGAUGAUUUAAAUAAAAUAUAUUUUUUCCCCGACUCAAAUGAAAAAAAAUUAUUGCACCAAAAUGGUACUACAUUAAUAAAACAGAAUCAUAAUGAAAAUAUGAUCAGUGAUUUAGAUAAGUCUGAGAAUUCUAUUAAUUUGGUUGGAACAAAAAAUAAAAAGGGUAAAGAUAUAGAUCUACAGAAACAAAAAGAGCAUACGCCUGGUUCUGAAAGAAACAAAUUAUUGUCUAAUAAAAAUAAUGAGAAUAAAACAUUGACUUUGAGUUUAUCUAACAAAAACCAGGCAUUGUCUAAUACUGGAAGUGGAAAACAGGAACCUAAAAUAAUUGAAAAAAGUGAAAAGGAAAAUACACAGAAAAAAUAUGGUGGUGAAAUUGAAAAAAGUGAAUAUAUUUCUAAGAAUGGUCAAACUGAGACAAAUGAUGGAGAAUAUGAUGAAAAAAUGGAAAACGCAAAUAAUUAUAAUCCUGGAUUUGAAACAAAAUAUGAUCAAAUAAAAGUUGAAGAAUGUGAAGAUAUAAUGAUAUACUGUAUAGUUUGGGGUUUAUGUGGUUUAUUAGAAUAUACAUAUAGGGUUAAGGUGCAUAAUUAUUUGUUAAAUAAUGUGAGUAGAUUGAAAUCAGUAUUAGAAAAAAAAGAAAAAUUAAAAAAAACAGAAGAAAAUAAUAUUUCUGAAAAAAUGAUUUAUAAUAAUGAUGGAGAAAAUGUUGUAAAUACCACUAAUUUUAAAGAUAAUAACUCUGUAAAAUUGGAAAACAAUAUGACUGAUAAAAAGGAUUAUGAUUCUUUUCUAGAAUCUGAAAAUGUUGGAGAUAUGGAUGAAGAUUUUGAAAACGAUAAAUGUCUUAUUUAUGAUUAUUAUUUUGAUAUGCAAUUAAGAACAUUAAGAAAGUUUAAUUUAUCAAUUUUCAAAAUGCCUAAAAAUAUGAACACAAUAUCUGCAAUAUUAAUUCCAACAAUCGAAACUGAUAAAGUAGAACAUAUAAUAAAAUUGAUAUCAAAUAUUCCUAUUCGAUCGCAUAAUUUGCAUACAUAUAAGAGUACAUUAUUAUUGGGUUCUACUGGAUCUGCUAAGACAUCGAUAGCUUUAUUAUAUACAUCUAAACAAGAUAAGAAUACAAAAAGAUUUAAUUUUUCAAGUGUGACAACUCCAGAAAAAUUUCAAUUAUUCAUUGAAUCUGAGUUAGAAAGGAAAACUGGAAAAACAUAUGGUCCAAUAGGAAAUACAAAAUCUAUUAUUUUCAUUGAUGAUAUGUCAAUGCCAAAAAUUAAUGAAUGGGGAGAUCAAAGUACAUUAGAAUUGUUAAGACAACUUAUUGAAUUUCAAGGAUUUUAUUUCUUAGAUAAAGAUAAAAGAGGAAAUUUUAAAAAAAUUAUAGAUUUAGAAUAUAUAGGAUGUAUUAAUCAUCCUGGUUGUGGAAAUAAUGAUAUACCUAAAAGAUUGAAAUCAAAAUGGUUUAAUAUUAAUAUUCCUCCAUAUAAUUUAAAUUCUAUAAAUACGAUAUAUGGAACAGUACUACGAACAAAAUUUAAUAAAAAAAGAAAAUUUUCUGAAGAAAUAAUUGAUAAUAUUGAUAAGAUUAUUUUAUGUACUAUUAAAUUAUUUGGUCGAUUAAAAAAAUAUCUUUUACCCGUGCCUUCACGUUUUCACUAUUUAUAUACAACAAGAGAUUUAGCAAAAAUAUUUAACUCAAUGUUAUUAUGUCCCCAUAAAACGAUAGAUAAUAGUUUAUAUAAUUUCUUAUGUUUAUGGAAACAUGAAUGUGAAAGAGUGUUAAUUGAUAAGUUAUCUAGAGUAGAAGACAAAAAAUAUUCUUUAGAUCAAAUAAAACAAAUAUUUAAACAAUAUUAUCCAUCUUAUACAGAUAUAGCAGAUAAAAAUAUAUAUUUUAGUUAUUUCUAUGUUUCUGAAAAAGAAGAACAAGAAUAUAUGAUAGAGAAUGAUUUAAUAGAAAAUGGUGACCAGGAUCAGAAAAAUAAUGGAGUAGUUGGUGGUAUAGGAAAUAAUAGUGGUGUUAAUUCAAAUAUUUCUGGUAAUAAAAAUGGAAUAAAAAAUUUGAAUACCGGAAUAGGAGCAUCUAAAAUAGAAGCAGGAGUUAACAAAAUGAACACAAAAAUUGGAAAUAAUGAUAAGGGUAAUACAGGAAUUAAUAAAAAUGAUAUAACAAUAGAAGAUAAUGAAGAAAAUAUAAAUAAUUUUUCAUUUAGUUGGAUGAAAAAAGAUUAUAAAAUGGUUUUCGAUUUUGAAAGAUUACGAUAUAUUGCUUACGAAUAUAUGAAAGAAUAUAAUGUAAAUAAUGUUAAGAAGUUUGAUUUCGUUUUUUUUGAUGAUUCAUUAAAGCAUUUAAUUAUUAUUAAUAGAAUUAUGCAGACUCCUAGAGGUUCAAGUAUGUUAGUAGGUGUAGGAGGAUCUGGAAAAAGAUCAUUAACAAAGCUUAGUGUAUUUAUAAGUGAACAGGUGUUAUUUCAAUUAAAUAUUACAAAAACAUAUACAAAGAAUUUAUUUUUUGAAGACUUAAAAAAUUUAUAUAUAUCAGCUGGGCAAAUGAAUAAAAAAACAACAUUUUUAUUAAGUGAUAAUGAUAUCGAAAAAAACGAUUUUAUAUUAGAACAUGUAAAUUCUAUUUUAUCUACUGGAUUAGUUUAUGGACUUUUUAUAAAAGAUGAAAAAGAAGCAAUAUGCUCUGAAAUGAAAGAAGCAUAUCUUAAAGAAAUGAAUAAAUAUAACCAAUCAUCAAAAAUGAAAGGAAAUAAAAAAAAACAAAGGAAUACAAAAUAUGAUUACACAUUAGACGAUUUAGAAAUAGACAAUGAUUCAAAUGAUUCACAAAUGAAAAGUGAUACAUCUUCAUUAAACAAUUUUGAUGAUUAUAAUUUUGACACACAAUAUGACAACAAAAAUAGUAGUAGUAUUAUUAGUAGUAAAGAUAUGAAAAAUGCAGGAAAUAAAAAAAAAGAUGAAAAAGUUGUAAAUGAUUUUAAUGUACCAUCUAGUGCAAUUUUUGAUUAUUUAUUAGAAAAUUUUAGAAAUAAUUUACAUAUAUUUUUAUGUUUUUCACCUAUACAUAAAGAAUUUGCUUUACGAUAUCAACAAUUCCCAUGUAUAUAUAAUUGUGUAACUAUAGAUUGGUUUUUAAAAUGGCCUUUAGAAGCAUUGGUUAAUGUAUCUACUGCUUAUUUAGAUAAUUUUAAUAUUGAUAUUGAAGAUAAUUUGAAAAGUGAUUUUUAUAAUUUAUUUGCUAUUAUACAUCAAAAAGUUUCAGAAACAUGCGAAACCUAUAAAGAAAGAAUGCGAAGAAAUACAUAUGUAACACCGAAAUCGUAUUUAACAUUUAUUAGUUUAUAUAAACAGAUGUAUGUAAAUAAAUAUGAUGAAAUAAAAUGUUUAAAAGAAAGUGUAGAUAUUGGUCUAAAAAAAUUAAAUGAGGCAGCUAUGGAUGUACAAAAAAUGAGAGAAAGUUUAACAUCUGAAGAAGAAAAAUUAAAAGAAUCAGAUGAACAAAUGAAUAUAUUAUUAGAAAAGGUAAAAAAUGAAUCAUUAAAAGCAGAAACACAAAGUAUUGAAGUUUCAAAAUUUAGAGAUAAAUGUAUUAAAGAAAAGGAUAUAAUAUUGAAGGAACAAGAAGAAGCAGACAAAGACUUACAAGAAGCAUUACCAUAUUUACAUGAAGCUGAAGAAGCUAUAAAAAGUAUAACAGCAAAAGAUAUAACUGAAUUAAAAAGUAUGAAAACACCAUCUGAUAUUAUAAGAAUAGUUUUUGAUGGUGUUUUAAUAUUAUUACAAGGGAAAUUAAAAGAACCUAAAAUAAACAUGAAAUAUGUAAAUAAGCAACAUGUGGAAUUUAUACAAGAUUCAUUUGAUGAAUAUGCCAAACCAUUAAUGGCUGAUAUUCGUUUUUUAAAUUUAUUAUUUGAUUUUUCAAAAAAUGAAAAAGAUAAUAUUAAUGAAGAAACUAUUGAAUUACUCAAGCCCUAUAUUGAAUCUCAUUUUUUUAAAACUCAAAUAGCAAAAAAGGCAUCAGCUGCUGCUGAAGGAUUAUGUAAAUGGGUUGGAGCUAUGGCUAUGUAUAACCAGGCAUCAAAAAUUGUAAAACCUAAAAUGAGUUAUUUAAAAAUUCAAACAGGGCGACUAGAAGAUGCAUUAAAACAAUUAGAAAAGGCUGAAGAUUCAUUACUAAAAGCUCAAUUAUUUGUAGAUAAUUUGAAAUUAGACAUUGAGAAUAUGUGUAAAAAGAAAAAAACAUUAGAAGAAACUGCAUUAAAAACGAAACAAAGAAUUGAACAAGCUAAUAAAUUGAUUAAUGGUUUAGCUAGCGAAAAAGCAAGAUGGACCGAAGAUUCAAAUAAUUUUUCUAAUAUCAAAAAAAAAAUAGUUGGUGAUGUAUUCAUGUGUUCAUCAUUUAUUUCUUAUUGUGGUAUGUUUAAUACUGAAUUUCGAAAUUAUCUUAUGAAUGAUGUUUUUUAUCAUUAUACGAAAAAUGUUAAAAAUAUUCCAGUUUCAUCUAAUAUAGAUGUAAUAAAAUAUGUGUUAUCUUAUGACGAUACAAAAAUUUGUGAUUGGAGUGUUCAAAAACUUCCAAAUGAUAAGUUAAGUAUCGAAAAUGCUUUAAUUAGUGAAAACAGUAACAAAUAUGGAUUACUUAUAGAUCCUCAAUGUCAAGCAAAUAAUUGGAUAAAGAAUAAAGAAUUUCAAAAUAAUUUAACAAAUCAAAGAUGUAUCACUACAUUUAAUAGUCCCAAAUUUAAAGACAAUUUAGAAUUUUGUUUAAGUGAAGGAAAAACAUUGCUUAUUGAAAAUGUCGAAGAAUAUAUUGAUCCUAUAUUAGAUUCAGUUUUAGAAAAACAAAUUAUUAAAAAAGGAAAAAAAAAUUAUGUGUUAAUAGAAAAUAAUUUAAUUUAUCUUGAUGAUAAUUUUAAUUUAUUUAUGACCACAAAUUUGCCUAAUCCUAGUUAUAGUCCGGAAAUAUAUGCAAAAUGCUGUGUUAUUGAUUUUACUGUUACAGUUAAAGGUUUAGAAGAUCAAUUGCUAGGAAGGGUAUUAACAGAAGAACAGAAACAUUUAGAAGUGUCUUUGAAAAAUAUUAUGAUAGAACUUAAGGACAAUACAAAAUCAUUGCAAGAUUUAGAUAAACAAUUAUUAUAUAAAUUAAAUACAAGUAGUUCAAAUUUAAUAGAAGAUGAAGAAUUAAUAGAAGUAUUAAAUAAUACAAAAGCAUUAUCAAAAGAGUUGGAAAUAAAGCUAAAAGAUAGUAAUGAAAAGAAAAAAGAAAUAAAUGAAAAACGAGAGCAGUACAGAAGUGUAGCAUUAAGAGGAAGUAUAUUAUAUUUUUGCAUAGUUGAUAUAACAAAUGUUAAUUAUAUAUAUAAUACAUCAUUACAUCAAUUUCUUGAGCAAUUUGAUUUAUCAAUUCAAAAAGCAGAAAAAUGUCAACAUAUAAAAAAAAGAGUAGAAUCAAUAUUGUCUACACUAACAAAUUUAAUUAUUAGUUAUAUGGAAAGAUGCUUAUUUGAUCAACACAAAAUUAUUUUCAAAUUAUUAAUAUCUUUGAAAAUAUUAUUAUAUGACGGUAUUAUAAGUAAUAAGGAUAUAAGUUUUUUCUUAAACCCUCUUUCUAAUUAUAAUCCCUCAAAUGAUAUAACUAAUGAAUUAUUAAAUAAUAAUAUAUUAAAUGGAAAUAUGGAUAUAAAAAAUAGGGGUAAAAAAGGAAAUUCUACUGAUGCAAAUAUGAAUGAUACAACAAAUGUCUAUUUAGCUAGUGAAGAAAAAGUUGCACCGAUUUCAAACGGAACAAAUAGUAAUGCAAGAAGCAACAAUAAUAAUUUGAAAAACACCAACAAUAAUAUUAAUAGUGAGAAAGGAAAUAUCGAAGAAUGUGAUGAUGUAGUAAACUAUAACACAGGAAAUAUAACUAUGGAUAAUAAUACUAUUAAUAAGAAUAAAAUUGAUACAAAUAAAAGAAAAUGUAAAAAUAAAGGAAGUUCAACAAAAUGGUUAUUUAAAAAUGAGAAACUUUAUAAAAAUAUAAAUUCAUUAUCUUAUCAUUCUUUUGGAAAUGAUAAAAAUAAUCGAUUUUUUUAUGACAUAUUAAAUGUUAUACAAUUAAAUGAAAAUAUAUGGAAAAAUUAUUAUGAUGUAUUAGAUAUUGAAAAUAGAGAUAUUCCUUAUUAUAAUGAUCGUUUAGAUUCAAGUAGUAAAAUAAGUUCUUUUAUAAAAUUAUGUUUAAUUCGUUGUUUAAGAGAAGAUAGAACAAUAUUAUGUGCAAACAAAUUUGUAGAUGAAGUAUUAAAUAGAAAUAGCGAUAGUAUAAAACAUGAGACUUUAGAAAAUAUAUUUUCUGAAUCAAGUAAUAGGAAACCAUUUUUAUUUUUAUUAUCUUUGGCUAGUGAUCCUACAAAUAUGAUUGAUGAUUUUGCAAAAAAAUUCAAAAAAUAUCCAACAGAUAAAAUAUCUAUGGGAGAAGGACAAGAAGUUAUAGCCAAAGAGAAAUUAAAAAAUGCGCUUAUAAGUGGAAAUUGGUUAAUAUUACAAAAUUGUCAUUUAAAUAAAUCUUUUAUUAUUGAAGUUUAUAAUAUGUUGAAAAGUCUAAAUGAGAUUGAAGAAGAUUUUCGUUUAUUUUUAACUUCAGAACCAGAUAAUGAAUUUCCUAUAUGCAUAUUACAUGGAAGUAUUAAAAUAUCAACUUCUUUAAGUCGAGGUAUAAAAAAUAAUAUGAGAAAAAUAUAUAAAGACAUGAUAAAAGAAGAUAUAAUAGAUAAAAUUGAUGAUGAAAAAUAUAGGAAAAUUAUAUAUGCUUUGGCAUAUCUUCAUUGUGUUUUAUGUGAAAGGAAAAAAUUUGGACCAUUAGGUUGGUGUGUACCUUAUGAAUUUAGUAUAACCGAUUUAUUUGCAUCAUUUUUAUUUAUCGAAAAACAUUUAUAUUCAACAUUAUUAGUGAAUAGACCAAUCAAUUGGGAAUCAAUUCAUUAUAUGUUAGCAGAAGUUCAAUAUGGUGGUAAAGUAACAGAUGAUUUAGAUCGAGAACUGUUGCUAACUUAUGUACAACAUUAUUUUAGUGAAGACUUAUUUAAAAGUAAACCUGAGAUUUCAGAUCAUACAAAUAAUAAUAACAAUAAUGCAAAUAUGAUUAAUAGCCUAGAUAAGAAUGUUCCUAGAUUUUCUGAAAUUACAAAUUUUGAUAAUUUUAUUGAAAGUUUACCAAAUAUAGACACACCGUCUGUUUUAGAUUUACAUAACAAUGCUGAGAUUACUUAUCGAGUUAAUGAAUCUAGACAAGUUUUAAAUUCGAUUUUAGAAAUUCAGCCUCGAGAUAUAGAUCAUGGGGAUGAGAAAAGUAUGGAAACUGUAGUAAAAGAAAUGUCUAUUGAAAUAUUAAAUAAACUCCCUGAGGAUAUAAAUAUUGAUGAUAUUAAAAAAAUGAUAUAUAGAAAAAAUAAAAAUCCUCAAUUAAAUAACCAAACAAAUCAACAAUUAAAUGUGACAGCCAACUUAAAUGGUGGUGGUAAAAAUUUUAAUAAUUUCGAAAAUAAUUUUUACAAAAAUAAAAAUAUAAAUGACAAUUCCUUACAAAAAAGUCUAUUACUAAAUAAUACAAUUGGUAAUAAUGCAAAUACAGGGAAAAAUACAAACACAUCUGAUAAUAGAUAUAAUAAAAAUACAGCUGGUAUUGCAAAUGAAAAUGAUAUAAUUUUAGAAAACUUAGAUAUAACAUAUUGGGAAUCGAAUAAUGAUGACACUAGUAUACAAUAUAAUUUUUCACCUUUACAAGUAUUUUUCUUACAAGAAAUGGAAAGAAUUCAAAAAGUAAUUAAUUUAGUUAAAACAAAUUUAAAUGAUAUUAUAAACGCUAUAGAUGGUUCUAAAAUAAUGGUAGCUGAUUUACAAAAUGAUACAAAAUGUAUAUAUUCUCAAUCAAUACCUAAACAUUGGAUAUAUGAUGCUAGCGAAACAGAAAUAUCUUGGGUAUGUAAUAAUUUAAAUCAAUGGUUAAAUAUACUUAAUUUAAGAUAUGAACAAAUUAUGAACUAUUUCCAAAAUGGUAAAUUGAAAUCAUAUUGGCUACCUGGAUUUUUUAAUCCUCAAGGAUUUCUAACAAGUAUGAAACAAGAGAUUACACGAUUAAAUAAAAAGGAUCAACUUUCUCUCGAUGAGGUAGUAUUAUAUGCUGAUAUUAAAAAUUUUGAUAUAGAAAAAAUAAAAGAAUAUCCUGAACAUGGGUUCUAUAUACAUGGGUUAUUUAUUGAAGGAUCAAAAUGGAAUUGGCAAGAAGGAAAAUUAGAAGAAAGUUCACCAAAAGUUUUGUGUGAAAAUAUGCCAGUUAUUCAUAUUACCGUUGUUUCAAAUAAAGAUAAAAAAAUCAAAUUUAUUGAAAAUAACAAGAGCAUGUUUUAUAACUGUCCAGUAUAUAAAUAUAAUGUAAGAACUGAUAAAUAUUUUAUUUUUAGAAUUCAUUUAAAAACCGAUGUCGAUCCUUCAAUAUGGAAAUUGCGUGGAACAUCUUUGUUAUGUUCCAAAGAUUAA